CAUUAGUUGUGGAAUGAAUUACUGAUCUAAACAAAAUUAGAAAAAUGAGUAACCUCAAACUUAGAAAUAAAGUAAAGUAGAGAGAAUGCACCAUUUACGCACACGUUGGAACGAUUAUAAAGCCAAUUUUCAUGCAUCACUAUUCAACAUCAAUUCCCUCUCUAUCUUCCAUUCUAAUUCUAUUCUAUCAAACAACACCAACACAAAAACACACUAUACUACUCUGUGCAAAUGCAAAUGCAACUGUAAUAUAACAAAAAAUAACAAGAAGAGAAAACAACAAAAAAAGGAAAUAUGACUUCUGAAUUAAUUCACAGAAACCAAACAAGAGAUCGAUCUGAGAAUCAAAUCACAGAUUCAUCAUCACCAUCGUUUCGUCAAAAUUCUCCUCCUACAAGAUCGAGAAACAUGCUUAAUCGAGCCACGUUUCUUCUCAUUGGCAUAGCAAUUUCCACUUUCUACUUCCAUUUUCUCCCAUCUCGAUCCAUUUCACCUUCUCAACAUAAUCAUCAUGAUUCUUCGGUAAUCGAAACCGAGGUAACUCUUCCGACUAGGCGAGUUUUGUUAGAGGAUCACGGUACAUCACGCGAAGAAGAGAGGAAAGCGAGAGUUCCAUUGGCAAUUGGAUUGAAAAGCAAGAGACAGAAGAGAGUAUUGGUUACCGGUGGUGCUGGUUUCGUUGGUAGUCACCUUGUGGACCGUUUGAUUGAAAGAGGUGACAAUGUGAUCGUGAUUGAUAACUACUUUACUGGAAGAAAAGAGAAUGUUAUACAUCAUAUUGGUAAUCCCAAUUUUGAACUGAUUCGACACGACGUCGUUGAACCUAUUCUUCUUGAAGUUGAUCAGAUCUAUCAUUUGGCUUGCCCUGCUUCCCCUGUUCAUUACAAAUUCAAUCCUGUCAAGACCAUCAAGACGAAUGUGGUGGGGACAUUGAACAUGUUGGGAUUGGCAAAGAGAGUGGGUGCACGAUUUUUGUUGACUAGCACAAGUGAGGUAUAUGGUGAUCCACUUCAACACCCUCAAGCUGAGACUUACUGGGGAAAUGUUAAUCCAAUUGGUGUAAGAAGUUGUUACGAUGAGGGAAAACGUGUUGCUGAGACUUUGGCUAUGGACUACCAUAGAGGAGCUGGCAUUGAGGUGAGGAUUGCUCGAAUCUUCAACACAUAUGGACCAAGAAUGUGCCUUGAUGAUGGCCGUGUGGUCAGUAACUUUGUUGCUCAGGCAUUGAGAAAGGAUCCUUUGACUGUUUAUGGCGAUGGAAAACAGACAAGAAGCUUUCAAUUUGUUUCAGACUUGGUAGAAGGUUUGAUGCGGCUGAUGGAAGGUGAGCAUGUUGGGCCUUUCAAUCUUGGCAACCCUGGUGAAUUCACCAUGCUCGAACUUGCUCAGGUGGUACAAGAGACAAUAGACCCAAAUGCAAAGAUAGAGUUCAGACCAAACACAGAGGAUGAUCCACAUAUGAGAAAGCCAGACAUCUCCAAAGCAAAAGAGCUUCUUGGCUGGCAACCAACUGUGUCCCUUCGCGAGGGACUUCCUCGAAUGGUCACUGAUUUCAGGGUAAGAUUAUUUGGUGACACAAAGAGUAAUGCGGACAAAUCAGGUGCAGCUGCAGUAUAGAAUAAAACUGAGGUCCAAAAUAAAAUUAAAAGAACAAAGUUAGCGAAAAUAAACAUAUGUAUAACAACAAAAAUUAACUUAUCUGGCUUGUUUUGGAUCAAAUUAGAUAUAUACACCAUUAAUCAUCGGAUGAGAUUUAUAUAUACAUUUGGCAGAGAAAUAAACAGCACCCUGGUUAAGGGAACAAGAUGCACUUUUUUGUUGUAUUUUAUUUGUAUUUGUAUAACGUAAUUUACCAACAUGUUAUUGUGAAAUGCAGUUCUAUUUUUAUUGUGCAAC